AUGGAGAGGGGUCCUCAGUGUAACACAUGGGAGCAACCUGGGAGCAACCUGCCCCUGGGGGGACAUGGACCCACACCAUCCAGGCCAGGGCAUAGGAGACCCAACCCCAUCAUAGAUCAGCAGAACAAAUCCACCGUGACAGAGUUCAGCCUCCUGGGUCUGUCCAGCCACCCAGAGUUGCAGCCUGUCAUCUUUGCCCUGAUCCUCACCAUGUACCUUGUCAACCUGGCCGGAAACAGUUUGAUCAUCACAGUUGCCUGGACUGACCCCAAGCAGCAGACCCCCAUGUAUUUCCUGCUCAGCCAGCUCUCCUGCGUGGACGUGGCCUUUGCCUCCAUCACUGUCCCACAGUUCCUGGUUCACACUUUCUCCAAGCGUAAAGCCAUCCCUUAUGGCAGCUGCUUUGUACAGAUGACCUUUUCCCUGUCUGCGGGCAACAUGGAAGGCUACCUACUGGUUACCAUGGCCUAUGCCCACUAUGUGGCCAUCUGCAGGCAUCUGCACUGUGCGGCAGCCAUGACCCACGGGCUCUGCGUGUGCUUGGUGACUGGGUCCUGGGUUCUGGUGACCCUCCUCGGUGCCCUGCAUGGCAUCCGGUUGUCCCUGGGGUCCUACUGCAACAACCCGAUCCUGCACUUCUUCGGGGCUGCCGUGCUAAGCCUGAGCUCAGCUUCCGGGCUACGCAAGGCCGUGUCCACCUGUGGCUAUCACUUGCUAGUGGUGACACUGUUCUAUGGCACGGUGAUAUACCUGUGUUUCCAGCCCCCCGGCCACUCCAGCCUGGAACAACCGAUGGAAUCCACAGUUUGGAGGGAACAUGACGAAUUUCUGGCCAUUCUUCGCGGUCCGCAGAAACUCGUGGUUUCUUCCAGCCCUCAGGCACAGGAGGCCGUGACCCAGAGAGGUCCAUCAGUGACCCAGGAGGGCCCUAGUUGA